CGUAGACGUUGGCCCGCCCGUCGGCCCGCCGCAACCCUUCAGAGGCCGCCCUCCACCCGCAACGUUGCUGCUACCGGACGCCCUCUUCCCUGCGCAUACGACUGAACCGUGCACGGCUCCCACCGCCAUCAUCGCGACUGCGCGCCGAGCACACGUGGCGAGCGCGCCGGCGAGCUGCAUGACGGCGCCCAGACUAUGCCCGGCAUCCUCAUGAUGAACCACAGCGCAACCGACUCAGCAAGAGAUGGAGAAAACAAGAAGCGCUCGUUCGACGGGAAGGUGGUCAAUGGGAUCGAAGCGCGCAGGGACACGGCCGUCAUGAACGGGAACAUGGGCAAAGCCACCACGAACGGCGCCUCCACAGCCGUGCCGGCGCCCACCAUGGAUCAGUCCUCAGAGCUGCCGCCUGAGAUUGCGCAUAUUGGGCCGGAGGCUUACCACCCCUUGUCGAAGCUGCUAGCACGAAUCGCUCAGGAAUGCUACAAUGCGCUCGAAGAGGCACUCCACAAGAUGUCUGGCAUGUCGCUGGGCCAGCAAGCCAACGGUGCCAUGAUAAACGGUGUCGUUCCUCAGGACAACCCAGAGGUCAACAAACGGAAGAAGCUACUCCUUCUCAAGUUUGCGCAAGAAAAUCGAGCCAAGUUCAUAAAGCUGCUGGUAUUGACUGAAUGGGGGCAGAAGUCGGCCCUUGACAUUGGCAAGGUUAUCGACCUGUAUUCCUGGGCAAAAGAGCAGGCUGCGCACAUGGACUUUGUGGACGAGCAGGUGAAUCAGAUCAAGAUCCUCUCAGCGUACGCGCGGGAGAACAACCCGGACAUCAGGACUGCAUUGGAAGUUUUAUCGACGGGGAAAGCGUCCUGGAUCCCAACUCUGGAUUACAUACCACCCGAUCCCGUCUCAUCGGACAAGGCGCUCAAGCUUCUGCGCGCCAUGAACACAUCCCUUUCGAUACGGCUGAAUGUACACGAGACCCUUCCGCGACACCUUCGAAACUGGCGGAUACAGUCAGGUCGCGCCAUUUUUAUGAUUGAGAACGAGAUGGAGUUUGACGUGUUAUCCUUUGCUGAAGAUGCGAGCGAUCAGUGGUGGUUCCUUGACCUGCGGUUACUGUUCGCCCCUGCGCCAACAAUUGAGCUCGGCAGUAAAUUCCUUUUGGCACUCAAGCCUCAGGCAGAUUACGUUCUGCGCGAGAAAGGCCUGUCCGGCCUCUUCGACUUCCUUCACAACUUCGUCCUCACCCACAAGCUCUCAGUGCUGAGAUCGCAGGCCGACGGUCUCGCCCGCUCGGGGUGGAUAGGGUCACUGAGAGUUGAGCCAGUGCAUCGCGAACUCGUGGUUCAGUACUGGACCGACAGGCCAGGGAGGAAGAACUGGAUAGAGCUUGGCACGACAAGCAACAAACCAAAGAACGGAAAGAUGUCCUGGCGAGGUCCUCCAGUACCAUCCCUGACAGCGCGCUGGUUUCGCCAAGGGAAGGAAGUGGUGGAUGUCGACCUCGAGAUCGACUGGAACGACCUCUCGAUGGAGCGUAUACUCAAGCGCGUCAUCGCACUUCACACUGCUCAGAUACUACGAUCGACACGGGAGCAUUUCGAUUCGAGGCUCGAUAUACACGCGAGCUUGUCUGAGUCUGAGCCUACGGACUGCAGUCUCACUGCGACCCUUGGAACAGUAUCCAACUCGGUCACGCUAUCACUGGAGCCAGUAACCGGCACUUACAUCAUGCAACCAGCCAGCGCGCUUGCAGCCAGAGCCGAGUUCGCCAUGAACCAAGGCAGAGAGCCAGCACAGAUAGCAGGCAUACUCACAUUAAUGCUCUCGCAGACGCUACGGGAUCAAAUUCAGAGAACUGCGCAGCAACUAGGAUGGCAACAAAUCACGAGGCAGGCUCUACGACCGGAUGCUGUGCGGGCAGCUGUGAAGUCGAACGUCUUGGAAUACGUCAUGUACUCGCCUCGUGGCUGGACAUCAACUUGGGCAUUGGCCGCUAUUGUGGGCACUGCAGGCGAGUCGUGGUGCAUAUUUGAGAUGGGGUCCAAUGGCAUUUCGAUCGAGCACGCCGAACAGAUCGUAAUGGACAGACACGACGGCAGCAGCAUGGCUAUCAACCGCAAUACCUUGACCCGCGUAGAGCGUGUAGCCGUCCAGCUGCUCUCCUUCCGAGUCACAGCCCGUCAGUUGGAGAAAGAACACAAGAUGUUCACACUGCGCCACCAGUUCAGUGCAAGUAGCAAGCCAGCCGAGGCCAACACCAUCGUUCAAGGCUGGGCUAUGCAUCUGCAGACGACCGACCUACUCACCACCAAGUCCGGAGAGCAACCAUGGCUCGAGGACAGCAUUGCUAUCGCCUGCGAAGGGCUCAAGAGCGAUGGUCGUAGUGUGUGGCACAUAGCCGAUGGUCGCAUGGUCAAGAAUGCAGCUGCAGACAUGCAAAAGCUCAUGGCCGCUUCACCACAGAGCAGCUUCAAAUUCACAGCAGACGGCAGCUUCAGGAUCCUUCUAGCCACUCCAUUUGGCAGCGACAUCCUCGGCGAGCUUCGAGCGCGACUCCGCGACGUCAACCGCCUGCGCUCAUUCGCUACCACCCUCCAGAAACGCCAGAUGCGCCUCACAGCAUCGUCUCUCCAAAAGGUGCAAUUUCAAUACGGGCCUUCUCCGCAUAUCGCAGCCGUCUCCUUCGCCUCCGAGAACGAGGUCGCCAUCGAGAUCCCUCCGUCGAAUCCACACCACCGCAUCCACCGACUCCUCACCUCAAUUGCGAACGACCGCAACCCCUUCCUCCCACUCCUCUCCUUCGGCGACGCAAAUGGCAUCGACCAUUUCUGCACUGUGCUUGUCCUUACGCGCUCCCUCCUCACCGUGCUCCGCGAACUGGAUACCGCGACACCGGGCAAUAUCCGUAAUCCUGCCAUCCAUGUGCACUCAGUCUUUAAGUACCGCCUCACCUACGAGAAUCCGCUUUGCACGUUCGACAUCCGCCUCCAGCCCAAGAAUGACAAGGUUUACUGGUUCAUCGAAGAUAACCUUAGGCAUGCUCCUGACAUUCGGCCUACGCCUGAAAGGAAUCCGCGUCACAGACGGUUGGAGACUCUGCAAGAGAAAUUGAAAGAGCUGUUCAGGGGCAAGGCGGAGGGCUGGUUCGGCACACGGAAUGGCAUCGUUGCAGAGCUCGACGCCGUACCCGAUGCAUUGAGGAAGCUGAACGAUACCGUGCUGAGCUGCAAGAUGGAAGGCGGAUACAAACCGCCCUCACCACUGGAAGUUCCGCCGCAACAGCAAGCGAAAGGCAACUCUCCACAGCUGACGAGACAGCCGUCACAACAGCAGAUGCAGCAGCAGCAGCAGCAGCAGCAACAACACGCUCAGCAGCAACAGCAGAAUCGUCCACAACAGUUCUCACCUCAGAUGGCGAGGAAACAGCAGCCAGGUCAGCAACAGCCGAACGGUCGUCCGCAGCCGAAUGGAGGGCAGAGGCCGACGCCCCAGCAGAUUCAGCAUAUGCAGCAGUUGCAGCAGGCCAGGGCGGCGCAGCAGCAACAGCAACAGGCGAGGCAGGGGAAGACGGAUGUCAUUGAGAUUGACUGAGCAUGCAUCGACGUUUCG